AUGUCGGAGGAGGAGGUUGGUCGGAUAAAAGCUGCGCAUCGAAUCUUUGUACAGUAUCGCGGUGUUGUUAUAGACGAUAUCUUAGAACGGAAGCGAAUUUUACUGAGUUCGCUUUUCAAAUGGAGAAUCGGAAGCUACUUAUGGAUGAUCAUAGCGAUGGGAAUAUUUCAUCUCAAACUUCUACAUGCUAUCACCCAUCCUCUGCGCUCAUUCCUCACUAAAGGAUUGAAAACUACCAUUUACUCGGAUGGAGAAAUACGUCUGCCACGCUUUCCUCUAUAUAAAGUGAUGAUGGUAUUUUUCGCUCUGUCAAUAAUUUGGCAUUGUUUCACAUGGCCUAACCCGAUGGACGCUUUGCAGUGGAAUUUCAGUGCUCAACCACAAAUACCAUCAACCUAUUGUUGUCUCUCAUUGCAGAUACCAUCAACCCAUUGUUCGCAUCAAAUCAAGAUUACUCGAUCUCAAUCCGAAACGACACAAUGUAAAAUGAGUGGAAAUUUAGGCGUUGACUAUGUAUCAUUCACGGAUCAGAUCGCCAAAAUGAGCGUAGAUAUAACCCAAUGGCAUCUCUCAAUAGCAACUGUUACUUCGGCGGAAAAUGAAACUCAUUUUAGUGAUGCAAUUACCAAAUACCAAGAUUUGGAUUACGGCUCAUAUUUUGAGAGCUUCCUGAAUGAUAUUCCAUAUUUCAACGGUGAACUGCGAACAUAUGCACAGCUUCUUCAUCGGAAAGAUAUUGUAGCAAAGGCUUUAAUCAAACAUUUGAAUAUUUCGGAAAGUACUUCACUGAAUACGUUGCUAGAGUUAACGACAGCAUUCGUGCAGGAUAUAAGGGAAGACUUUCAGAGUUAUAUAUGGGAAUUUAUAGAAGCUAUGAUAGGCAUAUUAGAAAGGUCACACGAGGAUGAAGAAAUUCUGGAGACUGUUUUUUUUACAUUAGCUAAGAUUUUUUGGUUACAACGACGACAUCUUGUAUAUGAAUUACAUGAAGUUUUUAGGCGUUUUAAACGAAUUUUUUGCUGUAAACGAUCCUAUUUGCGCCGAUUUACUGCCGAAGCUCUUGCAUUUUUGUUGCGGAAGUCGAAUGCAGUAGCAAAGCUUACAAUAUUUUUGGCAGAAACAGCACACAAUUUACUGUCGGAAAUUUUGCAAGCAUCAAUCGAAAUUGAGGAAAACGAUGUUCGAAAUACUGCGAUCCGGAUUUUGGUAGGCACGAUAUGUCAGUGUAGCACCUACACAUCGGAGGAAUAUAGUGCAUGUAUUGUGGAUGUUAUUUUGGAGCAAUACAAAUCAGCUAUGGUAUCACUGGACAUAGUGAAAAGUUCAGCACUGGCCAAGCUUUUAAAUGCUUGGAUAAGCCAGAAAAUGGGGAAGUCACUGUAUAAGCCAUCAUCUUUAUUUCAAGCUAUAAUAGAUGGUGCGAAAAGUAGAACUGGACUAAUGGAUAGAGAGACUAUUGGAUUACUUACCAGUGCAAUCAUGAGGUAUCACAAUGAUAGUGAAUUACAUGUUUUGAUUACCACAGCGGUGCGUAUACUUAUGAAUGACGACCAAAGAUAUGGUUUUGAUGUGAUAUUAGAUUUCCUUUACGAGAUCUCUGAUAUUCCUUUGUUUGAUAUUUGGAUAAUGCCUAUUGUUGGUACAUUUAUGUCACGGCUCAUUACACAGGGGGACGCUCAGAUCACAAGCAAAAUUUUUAGAUUUUAUGCGGAUUUAUGCAUUAAACGAAGACCGAUUUGGAAAUAUAAAGAAGAGCGAAAUUGUUUCUUUGAUAUAUGCAAUCAUUUGGAAGUACGCAAUCGACUCAUUGAUAUUCUAAAAUCGGCAGAUAAAUUCGACGUAGAAAUUGUAGGGUGUUGUUUGAUGACUUAUCCUUGGUUAUGGAAUCAGUUCGAAAAACCAAAAGUAACUUCAAUGAACAGCUUAGACAGCGUUGAUGCUCGUUUAUCACUUCUUGCUGCAAAUGCAUGUCUUUUGUGUGAUCCUAGUUUGUUCAAACAGUUCACUCUUGAUGCUGUGCUGAAGCAUUACAAAAAAAUGGGAAAUAACGAAGCAGCUCUUCGCACUUUGGCUUUAAUGUUGCCGUUUGUCAAAGAUUUCGAGAAAUUUAAGAAUGUUUCUACUAUGAGCAAGAUUGCGAAUGAAAUUUUGCCAAUGUUUAGUCACUGGAGCAGUUAUGUACGGCAAAUCGCUUUAGAAGUUUUGGUUCAUUUUAAUAUUCCAGUGAACAAUACAGAUGACAACAAUGAAACAGUUGUUGAAGUAGAAAGUGUUUUUAAUCUUCUCCUGCGAUCUGAAAGAAUACCAUGGACUUUAGAAGAGUACAGAAAGCGUUUGAUGAUUCUACGUCAACUCACUUACGGCGCGCAUACAAAACAUAUGCCGCAGGGUUUUGAUGUAAUAAUUGAAACAAUUCCUUUGCGUGUUAUUAUUGGGAAUCUUUAUGAACCGUUCACGAUUGCGUGGAACGAGCUAAAAAAUAUUAUUCAAGAUUAUGCUUAUGGAUUAAAUAUUGAUACAUUCUUCUCACUGUUUUUGCCUUUUGUCGACCAAAUGGGGUUAAGGAGUCAGUAUGUUAUAUCCGAAAGUAGUGGCAGUUCAGACUGUGAUAUGCUUGACAAAAUGACAAUUUUCGCUGACAAAAGUCCGCGGAAUUACGGAGCUUUUCGAUUGGAAAUGUUUUGGAUUCUUAGUCGCAUUAGUGAUUUGUGUGAGCGCCGAACUGAACUGAUAAGUCCUCUUUUCAUCCAUUUUUUUAGAAAUGAAUAUCAACAAGAGAAUCUGUUGGAGAAACGAGGAAGCGUUUUAUUAGUGGCGUCAUCUGGUCUUUCUUGUUCUGUAGAUAAGGAUGGAGGGAAACUUGAUGCUAACGGCAAUUCACAACUAUUCGGCACUGAAAAAUCAAAAGAUGACGGCAAAAGGACAAAAGACGACAUGUGCAUUGGACGAAAACUGAUUAGGAAUAGCCUAAUUACUCUUUUGGAAUUGUUCUCAAGCUUUACUUCACCAAAAACUAUUUACAUGGCCAAUGAAAUUCGAGAUUUAUACGACGAACUUUUGAUGGUUGGUGAUGAAGCAGUGCAACAGCGAGCAUUGAAAUGCAUUUUUACCUAUAAUUACAAUUACCUCACACCUUACAGAGAAUAUCUAGAAAGUUUGGUGCAGGAACGAACCUUAAUCAGUAGCUUGAUAAGGUUUUCGAUUGAUGACUAUAAUUCCAUGAUUGAUAGCAAUCACCGUGCUAGCGUUAUGCGGAUUGUAUUGAGGCUUUUGUACGGGAAAUGUAACACACACUGUAAGAAAGAUAUGAUGGGGCGACAUGCAGCUAUAUUUCGAUUUCUUGCUGGAUGCGCUUCAGAUGAAUUGGAUUUCUUUUUGAAGCUGCUCUUUGCACCUUUGCUGAAAGUUAUUGGUUGGUGA